UUGUUUUCUGUAUUCAUUCAAUCUAAAGCCCUAAUCGUUUUUGGGGAAAAUUUCUGUCUGGUAAUAUUGUAACUUAUUUUGCCGAAACAUGAAUUAUAGUUAGAUCCUAAUUCAGUUCAUAGUUUUUGGUUAUCUAGGAGAUGAAUUAACAAUACGAUCAUACUGAUUUUUAUGUAUUGUAUUUGCUAUACUGUUGGAUCUUAGAGUCAAGUAAUGUACUUGUUUCCACUAGACGUUUCUGUAAAUGUUAGGAAUGAGAAAACCAUGAGACUGAUCUUGUUUAUUAUCCAUAUUAGUAUUAUAUUAUAUUAGGAUAAACAAAGCGUUUAUAAUGUAGGUUUUAUCAUAUCAGUGCUUAUGUAUAAACUAUUUCUAUAACAAAAGAUAAAAUAAUGUUUAAGUGUUUUCGUAUAAGCUAUAAGCUGAUUUCAUAGGCUAUCAUGGAGAGCUUAUGGAUAUAAGCUGAAAACAACUUAUGGAUAUGUCUCAAGCUGUUUCUAUAAACUCUGCUAAACAGUCUCGCAAGUGCUUAUGUCAAUGGAUAGGCUAAAUAAACUAAUUCAAACAGACCCUUAUUGAAAUGGCUGAUAUUGAAAACAGGUAUUGUUUUGAAGCAAGCGAGGAUGACAAAGAAGGGAAAAGGCCACAGCAAUGUUGGAAAGGAUGCCUUGGUAGAUACAUUAGUGGUUCUAUCAGAUGAUCUUGUGCAAGUUGUUGCUAAGGGAGUAACGCUUCCUGCAGAUGGUGUUGGUGGAAAUAUAACUGGUGAUGAAGAGGAAGCAGUUACACACAAGGUUUGUUGUUCUGAGAGGCGUCCGAUGAAUGCAAAACAGGUUAAUCAAUCAAGACAAGCUGAAGAUAACAACUCGAAAAGGAAACCCGAUGACUGCAGGCAGAAGUUUGAAUUCAAUAACGAAAAAAAUGAUGAAAAGAUUCAAAGCCUUGAUUCGCACCAUGAAGUUGAUACAUGUCUUGGCCAAGUUGAACCUGUUGAACGUGGAAGCGCUAAAAUGACACCGAGUCCUUCUGAUGAUGGUUUAUUCUGCAAUAAUGCAUCUGCACCUGACAAAGCCAAUGACCAAGGUAGUGAAAGGUCUACUUCAGCAGAUUCUACUUCUACCCGUUCCACCCUAAGUGAAGAACUCAACGAAGCAUCACAAAGUUUUCCAGCGAAAUCUAUUGAAAAAACUGCUCCUAGGGUUACAGAUCGUACCAGAAAUGCGAAGGAAUUUAAGCUCAACCCAGCUGCCAAAAUUUUCUCGCCCUCUUUUACAUAUCCUAUAUCAGCAACUUCUGCUGUACCAACAGCUGCAAACAUGGUUUACAUACCAAAUAGCUCUCCUCCGCUACCUGUUCAACCAGAAGUUGGAUUCAAUACUUUUGCUUCUCGGCCCACUGUGCCUGUUAAGGUUUCACAGUAUGGUAAUAUGACAGUUGGAAAUGCUGGCAGCGGUUCUCAAUUCUCACAACCUAUUGUUGGCCAAUUGGCACAUAGGACACAACCUCUUCAGUAUGCUGCACAUUACACUCCAGUUUUAUCUGAACCUGCUUAUAUGCAACCAAACUCUCCUGCUGUUAUGGUUGGACGAUCCACCCAAUUAGUCUACGUUCAGCCGGUUUCCCACGAAUUCGUUCACGGUGUAACGGCUCCAUUCUCAACUCGCCCCCUGUUGAAUCAUGUGCAAUUUCCAAAGCAUCAAGGAGGAACAAUUAAUCAAGGAAUUCCGGUUUGUAUGCCCCCAACAGUCAUAACAACCGUGCAACAACAACCCUUUGCUAUUCAAAGCCACAUUCCAGUUUUGCAACCUGGCUUUUCUGUACCUAGACCUAUUUCAGUCCCAGGACCAAAUGGUUUCUACGGCACUAAGUUUUCAUGAAACUUUCAUUCAGAUUCUUGUGUUAUAUCUCCCUCUCCCUGAGUUAAAGCUCAUUUUUCUUUUCCAUUUUUUAAUUAAUUGUUAUAAAAAUUUUGUCUGGUCUCAUUUUUCUCCCUUCUCUCUGUGAGAAGUGUAUAGUAGCUUUGUGUUGGCUACCUUAGAAAUUUUAGAGUUAUACAUUUUUAGAAGAAAUUUUUUGAGUCCUUGUGUGAAAGUAAGGUACCAAGGUUCAAUUCUUAUUUUGGGAAUUGAGGAAAGAUUUUUCCUUUUGGGGUUGAUAUUGUAUGUUUUGGCAAUUGCACUUAAAUGGGUUCAAAUUUUUUUGAUAACUGUCAUUGUUGUAAAGUA